AUGAACAAGGCCUUGCCCUCGCCCAACGACGACGUUACUUGCGCGAUGUUUUCAGCGGACCAUUGCACCGUUGCAUUUGGCACUAGCUCCGGCAGGAUCCACGUCGUGGCCGUGACCAAGGACUGGCAAGACGUGAACAGCCUGCGAAGGGAGACGUUGAUUUCCGCCCACCAGAAGCCGGUCCUGGCCUGCGCCUUUUCUCCUGGAGACAGCUACCGCUUUGCAAGACUGUCUAUGCGCCUCUUCCGCGGCCACAGGGCCCCCAUCAAAGCCCUGGCGUACUCCGUGUGCGGGCGCUUCCUGGUCUCUGGUGGCCUAGAUGACCUGAUCAUUGUUUGGGACGCAACCAACGAGCGAAUGGUACACUGCAUGACCCAGCACAACGCAAUGAUUGAAUCGAUAGGUUUCUCCCACUGCAACAAUCUGAUGGUUGUUUGGGGCAAGGACUGCCACCUGAGUACUUUUCACUUUCAGCUUCUCGUCAAGUGCCCCGAGAUGGAGUUAUCAUCCACAAAAGCCAUCAUUGAUCAGUUGCUAAUCAGCACGGUUCAGACCUCGCGAAAUGGAAUUUUCCUUAAAAGUGGGUUCGCCGAUCGCAAUCGCCUGAUUGCCAUUGCAAGAUAA